AUGCUCGACAUAACCUUCAAAAAUGGAGUUAUGGAAAUCCCACCAAUAGAGAUCGAAUACAAUGCAGAGUCUCUCUUCAGAAACCUCAUCGCCUAUGAACAGUGUGAUCCAAGCAUCAUGACUUGUAGCAUUACCUCGUACGCUGUCAUCUUGGAUAGCCUUAUUAACACUAGCAAAGAUGCGGACUUUCUCAUUCAGAAAGAAAUCAUAGUUACAAAAUUGAGCAAGGAGGACAUAGCCUGUCUCUUCAAUAAGCUUUACAGUCACACUAUAGUUGGCAAUUUCUGUUACGCGGAACUCACCAAGAAUGUGAAUGCAUAUUAUCAGGACCGCUGGCACAGAUGGCAAACAAUUCUCAGACGUGAUUAUUUCAGCAAUCCAUGGUCAAUCUUUUCGCUUGCUGCCGCACUCUUGAUCCUAGCUAGCAAUGAGAAUUCGAAGAAGCCUCUAAUUACUUGCACUAAAUUCAUCUCUGGCUGCAGACUGCAGUUUUUACUGCAAAGUAUGAAAUUCAUCAUCAGUUUCACCAAAUUUGUGGAAAACUCUUCAUCUACUUAUAACAUCAAACCAGACUCAUUUGAUGUUGAAGCUUUAUUAUCCAGCAGAAUAGAUAGCUCCCACGCUAUGACUUCAUCUACAUGA